AUGUCUGAACCAAUUGCUCUGCUCUCGGUCUACGACAAGACGAACCUGCUCGAUCUCGCGAGUGGGCUGCAUGGCGCGGGCGUCCGUCUACUCGGAUCGGGCGGUACGGCCAAGAAAAUUCGGGAGGCAGGUAUCCCUAUCAAAGAUGUAGUGGAUAUCACAAAAGCCCCCGAGAUGCUUGGUGGGCGAGUGAAGACGCUGCACCCUGCAGUGCACGGAGGCAUUCUCGCGCGGUCCAUCCCCUCGGACGAGGCGGACCUCAAGGCCCAGCAGAUAUCCCCCAUCUCCAUCGUCGUCUGCAAUCUCUACCCCUUCACCGACACCAUCGCCAAGCCGAACUGCACGCUCGCUGACGCCGUGGAGGAGAUCGACAUCGGGGGCGUCACCCUCCUCCGCGCGGCCGCGAAGAACCACGAGCGCGUCUCGAUCCUCUCCGACCCCGCGGACUACGCCGAAUUCCUCGAGCAGUGGAAGGCGGGGAACGGGGACGUCGGCCAGGCGACGCGGAGCAAGCUCGCGCUGAAGGCAUUCGAGCAGACCGCGGCGUACGACGAGGCGAUCAGCGGGUACUUCAGGGAGCAGUACGCUUCGAGCGAUUUGCCGAAGGAGAGGCUUGCGGGGUCAGUGCAAAGGACGCCGCUGCGCUAUGGCGCGAACCCGCACCAGAAGCCGGCUCAGGCGUUUGUCACGUCGGGCGAGCUGCCUUUCAAGGCACUGUGCGGCUCACCCGGAUAUAUCAACCUCUUGGACGCGCUCAACUCGUACGCGCUGGUCAAGGAGCUGUCUGAGGCUCUCAACCUCCCUGCCGCAGCGUCAUUCAAGCACGUGUCCCCCGCGGGUGCAGCUGUCGGACUCGAGCUCAACGACGUCGAGAAGAAGGUUUACGGUGUCGAUGACCUGAAGGAGCCCCUCACCCCUCUCGCGAGCGCGUACGCCCGUGCCCGAGGUGCCGACCGUAUGUCGUCGUUCGGCGACUUCAUCGCGCUGUCCGCCCCUUGCGAUCUCGCCACCGCGCGCAUCAUCUCGCGGGAAGUCUCCGACGGCAUCAUUGCCCCGAGCUAUUCUCCCGAGGCUCUUGAGAUCCUUGCGAAAAAGAAGGGUGGCAAGUACUGCGUGCUACAGAUCGACCCCGCAUAUAAGCCUGGGGACAUCGAAACCCGUCAAGUGUACGGAAUCUCGCUUCAGCAGCGCCGCAAUGACGCAAAAAUCGACGCUGAUCUGUUCUCCAACAUCGUCACUAAGAACAAGGAGGUAGCGUUGCCCUACUCCCUUCAUGAUACCCGCUAUUCACCUCACCCUGUCGGCAUCCAGCUGACGAAUGACGCGCUGACUGACCUCAUCGUCGCCACCCUCGCUCUCAAGUUUACCCAAUCGAACAGUGUCGCGUACGCCUACCGCGGCGCGAUCGUCGGCAUCGGCGCCGGUCAGCAGUCCCGCAUCCACUGCACGCGCCUCGCGGGGACCAAGGCCGACCUCUGGUGGCUCCGCCACCACCCCCGCGUGCUCGCGCUCCCUUUCAAGAAAGGCGUCAAGCGUCCCGAGAAGGCGAACGCGAUCGACCUCUUCGUCGCUGGGGAGCCGCUAGAGGGCGCAGAGCGUGCGCAGUGGGAGGCGCUCUUCGAGGCGGUGCCCGCGCCGCUGACGGGGGAGGAGAGGAAGGAGCACGCGGCGAAGCUCGACGGCGUCGCGUGCAGCAGCGACGCGUUCUUCCCGUUCCCGGACAACGUGCACCGCGCGCGGAGGAGCGGGGUGCGCUUCCUUGCGGCGCCGAGCGGGAGCGUCAUGGACGAGGAAUGCGUGAAGGCGGCUGACGAGCACGGGAUGGUGUUCGCGCACACUUCGCUACGGUUGUUCCACCACUGA